AAGCAGCUAUCAUUAUGAUGAAUUUUAUUGUACAUUGUCAUUUGCUACGUAUUUACAAUUAAUGACAAUGAUUGUUUUAAUUUUGGGUUCUAUUUUGCUCAUCUGGAUAAUCUAUAUUCUUAAAGGCUUUUAUGAAUAUUUAACCUAUUGGCGACGACAAUGUGUUCCUGGUCCUAAGUUUUUCAAAUUUAAAUGGACAUAUCAACCAUUUCAUGAGGUCAUGUACGAAGGUACUCAACUUUAUGGACCAAUACAUGGUGUUCUCACUCCUCGCUGUCAUUUGCUUGUUAUUAAUGAUAUUGAUGUGGCCAGAGAAUUAUAUAUCAAACAAUUUCAUAAAUUUCCGAUUCGUUAUUCGUUUUGGUUCGGCUACAGUAACAUCGAUAAGAUAUUAUUCUUUAUGCCAGCUAAUGAUGAUUGGAAACGUAUUCGUUCGUUAAUCACACCAGCAUUCACCACUGGCAAAUUGAAACGAAUGAUCGAACCGAUUGAAGAGAUCAAUGUGAAUUUUAUUCGCCAUCUUCUAAAAUUUAGUGAAAGUGGUGAAGAAUUUGAUAUGAAAAUAUUAACUGGAGCUUUCUCCAUGGAUGUGAUUGCACGAUGCGCUUAUGGUAUUGAAAUUGAUUCACUUAGUCAACCGGAUCAUCCGAUCGUAACUAAUGCAAAAAAAAUUUUCGGUGUAGACGCCACUUUUAGUUAUGUGAUGUGCAUUAUGUUUCCGAAAAUAGCAAAAUUUUUUCGGCUUGAAAUGACUGAUAUGAAAACUGUUCAGUACUUUGAUGAUCUGACAUCCAAAAUCAUUCAAAAACGAAUUGAAUCAUCAUCCGGAAAACAAAAUCCUGAUUUGAUUGGAUUGAUGAUUGAAAGUGCGAUUGAAGUAAAUGGAACUGUUGCGAAAAAUGACAUGCCAAAAGGUAUAAGCAAAGAUGAGAUUUCGGCUCAAGGUAUCUUAUUUUUUAUUGCCGGAUUCGAUACGACCAAUGCAACAUUGACUCACAUUUUCUACUACCUCAUUAAACAUCCGGAAUGGCAGGAAAAACUUCAUGAUGAAUUAUCAGUUAUCAGUCAUGAAAAAUUCGAUUAUGAAAAACUCAAAGAGCUAUCGAUCUUGAAUGCAAUCAUUGACGAAACUUUGCGAUUGAAACCCCCAUUGCCUAUGAUCGAUCGUGAAUGUAUAGAACCAUAUCGAAUUGAAAGUCAUAACAUCGAAAUACCAAAGAAUUCAAUGAUAUCGGUUCAGCCAUAUGUCCUACAUCGUGAUCCCAGAUAUUUUAGGUAUCCUCUUGAAUUUAGACCGGAGAGAUUUUUAGACAAAACAAAAUUCAAUGACAAUCUAGCUGCAUACAUCCCAUUCGGUCUUGGUCCCAGACUUUGUGUUGGUAUGCGAUUCGCAUUGAAUGAACUUCGUUUAGCUUUAGCAAAUUUUGUUAUCAACUACAAAUUGGUUCCAAAUCCAGAUAUCAAGCUUGAAUAUUAUAAUGGAAGCAUGUUGAUGAGCCCUAAAAAGUUAAUGGUUCGAAUUCAACAACGUUGAUAUUUGAUUUGUUUUUUGUCAAAUUCCAAUUCUCAUCAUCAAUACAUGACGAGUAUCUAAAGAUUUUUCUAAUACCACGAUAAAUAAAGAUCGUCAGAGUUCAAAUCAACCAAGAUCCCCUAAUUAUUCUAUUU